AUGUCCGUCGAUGGCGUCAUCCUCUCAGACCUGCGCCGCGUGCUUUCGGAGGUGCAGCCCGUGCCGUUCUUUUUUCUUUUGUUGGGGCCAGCGGGAUCCGGAAAGUCUACUAACCUUCAGGCUGUGCGGGAGGGUGCGGCCGCGUACGGCAUGCGUGUUGUGAACGGUAUGCCGACGGUGGAUGAAGCGGACACAGGAACGACAGGGCCUGAAAACGAGAGGGCACGAAUGUUUGUUGUGGAUUUCAACGCUCUGCGGUCCUUCAACGCCUGUGCUGUGCCAGCCUCGGCGACGUACCCGCCCGGAACAGUCGUGUUAUUGGAUGACAUUUGGGCCAUCGAUUAUCUCCUCCGCAUUCACGCUUUGUUGGACCGCCUUGAGACAGUGGUGCGUCGAUUGCUUCGCUCACCACAUUGUGUGUUAGUGACAUCGGCAACGGAUGUGCACCACGUGCCGCAGUGGCUGCUGACGAUUCGGGCUCCUAUGACGUACCAGCUGCGGGAGCUGACACCCAGUGCUGUGCGGCGAUACCUCCGCUGCCUUCCCGAUGCCGAUGCAUUCAUGGCAUGUGCUGCUGACGAGGGUUGUACUGCUUUUGCAUCAUGCAUUAACACGCGACGGUCACUUAUGUUGUAUCUGUGCCAUGCGAGACUCAUGAGCUCUGCGUUGAAACCUGCCAAAUCAGCAGCUGCGUCGCAGUUUAUCGACCGAGCGGCACUGACGACUACGGCAGCGGCGUCGCAGGGGUUUGCAUCUAGCGACCGACUCUUCGGGCUCCAUGAUGUGCUGGAACGCGUCCACACAUUAGUACGACUUUUUAUGGAGCGAGAUAAUAUGGGGGGAUGUGGAUUGCUCGCUGCUGUUGCCUCCACAACUGGCAUCCUUCUUCAUGGGCCCUCCGGUAGCGGCAAGACGGCGUUAGCGAUGCAGCUCGCCGCGUCGUACCCUGACAGAUUCUUCUUCGUCAGUUGUGCCACGCUUUUCUCCAAAUACCUUGGCGAAAGCGAAGAGAGGCUGCGGGUUGCCUUUAUGCAGGCGCGUCAGCGCACACCUUCUGUGUUGGUCCUGGACGACGUGGAUGUCAUUGGUGCGUCACGAGGCGCUCUUUCUGAGGGUGGAGGCAGUGAGUCUCUUGAUGUAACAAGGCGGAUGCUUGCCGCAUUGCUCUGUGAACUGGAUGGACUUCUCGACAACACACAGGUCCUCGUGAUUGCCACGACAAGUGUUCCUGAUAUACUUGAUGGUGCUCUUUUGCGACAGGGUCGUUUUGAGACACUUCUUUACGUACCACCUCUAAGCUUUGAGGCGGCACAGGACAUGGCGCUUGACUUCUUUGCUCGAUUUGACUGCGAGAUGACAGAGUCUGCGAUUGCAGCGCAAGAAAGACUAAGUUUUCUUGUGGCGUCCCGCGCGGAAGGAAGCCCUGCGGCUUCCUUGAAGGCGUUUCUUCGAGAGUUGUUGGAGCGGCAACUUGAGUCUGUUGAAGCAACUGAUGCUGGAGGCGAGGGGACGCUUUGUUUGCCCACUGAGGGGCUCGUGAAGGCCGGUCUCGAAGGAACCACACUAUUGAAGCGUGUUAAUUACGCUUUUCACACCUUCUAA